UCGAUUGAGCGUCUGUUGUGAAUCGGGGUUGAGGAAAUCUCUGGCAGUCCCCAAAAAUUACUUAAUGGGAUCACAUUUUAAUGCUCCUGGCGAUAUUUUUUUGAAAUUACGUUUCUUCUUGGGAGGGUGAGGGUGUCGAGUGUUAGCCUAGCCUGUUAGCUGAUGGAGAUCAGACUGUUUCUGAAGGCAGAGAGAUCAUUCUGUGAAAACCUCAGAAGUUUGGAGAAAGGAUAACUAACAGAGAUGGACAGGUCGACACAAAGUGAUGACAUCCAGCGGCUGCAGGUUUUAAAAAAUGAGGCACCGCAGGUUAAAGAGGAACAGGAUGAGGCUGAGAUAACCGAGUUUGUAUUUAAUCCCGUGAAAAACGAAGGUGAUGAAGACUUAGCUCAGACUUUGGAGCUUCAACAAUCCUGGUGUGAGGAGAACACGGUAGGAUCUGAGUCAAAUAAUGACCAACUUCAAAAAGCUUCAGAGAUAAAAGUCACUGAUGAAACCUGUGAGAAGAACAAAGGGCCCUUAUUAGGUGAUAUAGAUGCAAAGAAGUUGUACAGCUGCUCUGAAUGUGGAAAAACAUUCAAUAGUAGGCCGUGUCUUGCGAGACACAACAGAAUCCACUCGGAAGAAAAGCCCUUCAGCUGCUCCUUCUGUGAUCAGAAGUUUAGCAGGAGGGAAAGUGUGACUCGACACAUAAGAUGCCACACUGAGGAAAAACCUUUCAGCUGCUCACUUUGUGAGCAAAGGUUCAGCAGGAAGGAAAGCCUGACCUAUCACAUGACCUACCACACCAAAGAAAAACCUCACAGCUGCUCCAUCUGUAACAAAGCCUUCACUUCCAAAAGAAAUCUGAUGGAGCAUGGGCGAAUCCAUACAGACGAAAGACCGUUUAGCUGUUCCAUCUGUAAGGCCACUUUCAAGCGGAAAUACACGCUAGUGGAACACACCAGAAGUCACACUGGACAGAAGCCAUACAGCUGCUCAGUCUGCGGUCAAAGCUUCAGUCACGGCAUAAGCCUGACUCGUCACAUGAGAUGUCACACAGGACAAAAACCUUACAGUUGCCUCAUCUGUAAGGCCGCCUUCAAACUGAAAAACGCGCUGAUGGAGCACACAAGAAUUCACACAGGAGAGAAACCUUUCAGCUGCUCAGUUUGUAAGGCAGCGUUCAGGAGGAACCAGGAUGUUGUGAAGCACACCAAGAUCCAUGCAGGUGUCCAGCAGGUGUUGGUGAUCAAGGUGGAGCCUUCUUCUGAGGAGACCUACUGGAUUCCUAGACCCGAACAUGAAGUCUCUGUGAUGAACAAUGAUAAUAAAAAGGAACCUCAGUCUUCGGCACUUCUUCACAAACAAACCUUGGAGAGCAGAGAAAUGUUGACCCUGGAGCCAAAUCGAGAUCUAAAGAACGACCCUGCUAGUGAAACACCAUGUGAUAGAGAAAAAAAGUCACACAGCUGCUCUGAAUGCAGUAAAACGUUUAAACACCGGGCGGAUCUAUUGAGACACAAUCGGGUCCACACAGGAGAGCGACCCUUCAAAUGUUCUGUUUGCAAUGCAGCUUUUAGAAGAAAAUACACAUUGGCCGAACACACAAGGACCCACACUGGAGAGAAGCCAUACAACUGCCCCCUUUGUGAACAAAGCUUUGGCCGCAAGUCAGGUCUGACCUGCCACAUGAGCUAUCACACGGGAGAAAAACCUCUGCUGUUCGGUUUGUAAGGCGGAGUUGAGGGAUCAAUUGGAUUUUGUUGAACAAACUCUAUGUGUUAGUUUGGUUUAGUAUUUCACUUCAUGCAUUCAGUGUCACAAAGGCGAACCAAUUUGAGUUUGUUGUCAAACAAAAACCAAUUAGGAAAGACACCAGAGGUACUGAUGGGUCAUUUUUGGACUAUUUAUUGUAAGUGGUGAAAAAUUAAUCCUGAUGUGUUUCCUGUGUUCCUGUGAAAACAAUCAACUAAAAUUGAAAUUAUAUUUAAUCAUUGUGUAAAUCAGUAUUUCUUCAAAAUAUGAUUAAAUAAAUGUAUUACUUUCUGAUUAGUGGAACAAUUACACCAACAAAUGUAUGUUUCUUUCUCUCAAUUCUUUAAAGACACGGCUGAGAACUGAACCUUAUUCUUAAACAGACUUGGUGCUAAAAUUACUGCAGGGUGGAGUCCAAACAAGCAAGCUGCUCCGUGCUCAGAGGAAAAUGGUAAAUGGCGCCUAGCAGUGGUGAAUAUUGUAACUGCAGUUUAUUAUAAUACAAGUAUGUGAAUAGUUCUGUCUGUAAUUAAUAAUCGGCAGACAUUUAAGCAAAGAUUCCAAUAUGUCUGCAGUGUGGCGACUACAAAUCUGAUAUUCAUGACGACAGUACUGCUGCUGAAGCUCCUCAGAAAUGUUAUUAGCACCAAGAACAGUAGUGAGAAGUUCGGUCUGCUAGGUGACAGAGCGCACGGGAAGUGAAUGCCACAGAAGGCUGGACCUGUGCGAAUCCAUAGCUAAAACUCUUCUGGCCUCUUUAUUUUCAC